UCUCGUCCCAGUCAUUUUUGCCUGUCCAGACACCGUCUUUCUAUUACCCUUUGGUCGAGAAGGAAAGCAGAAGUAAAACAGCUGCUUGAAGAAGAAAAUUGUCAGCAUGGAAAACUCGGGCAAAGAAAAUGAAGAACUCGCACAGAGCCCUCUAAAGACCGAGGAAGAACAGCCUCCGGUGGAGCAGUCUCCUGAAAAUCAGUGCUCCGAGGAGGAGCAGUCCUCAGAGGAUCUGUCCUCCGAGGAGCAGUCCUCAGAGGAGGAGUUCUUUCCUGAAGAGCUUCUGCCUGAGCUGCUGCCAGAUAUGCUGCUGUCGGAAGAUCGUCCUCCGCAGGAGUGCCUCUCGCACAAGAACCUGUUCGAGGGCCGUCCUGCCAUGGAGCAACCUCCAUGUGGGGUGGGCAAACACAAGCUAGAGGAGGGAAGUUUCAAAGAAAGGCUGGCCCGUUUCCGCCCUCGGUUCAGAGGAGACAUCCAUGGCAGAAAUUUAAGCAAUGAAGAAAUGAUACAGGCAGCGGAUGAGUUGGAAGAGAUGAAGCGAGUCCUCCCAAUCUCUAGAGAAUCCUUUGGAGCAGAGGAGAAUAAGAACUAAAGAAAUCUCUCUUGUGCUCAGCCAAGAUUCCUGUGAGAUUCCAAGUGAGUGCCAUAGUCUGUUCAUGCUCUGCUGCGCUCAUAUGCAUUGCCAUACCUACCAGGCCCAGCUGCCCUUGCUGCUAGAUCCUGAUGUUUCCAUUGGACCAUAUUCUGCAAAUAUCCUCACUGUGUAAUACCUGGUUUGUAAUCCCUAGUGAGCCACAACUGUAGUGUGCCUCCUCUGUAUCUAUGGAGAAUAUUCUUUCCUUCAGCUUUACUAUUAAACACACCCAAGUGUAUAUAGUCACAAGGCUGUUAAGUCUUUGAUACAGUAAAAGAAUGCAUAAUUUUUUUUAAGAUGCUAGGCAAAAUGGCUCAUUCCAUGAUUUUUUUUCUCUCAAAGUCUCUUGUUCCUUCCUGGACUCAAGCAUGAGGUCACGGAGACCUGGGAUAGGAAGUCAGAUUUGUAAGAUGCUGUGUGAUUAGAGUAGGAACUCCCUUUCCACAUGACCAAGGUUAACUGUAAUCUCUGUCGCCUUAUCGACCUUAGCAUUUUCUCUCAGGGGCUUCUUGCAUAAUUGCCUUAUCCACUCAGUUAACAGGUGUAAAGUAAAGAGGAAGAUAGACGUUAAUGCCCACGUGAUAGUAAAUGAAGCCUGAAAUCCCAACUUUUGGGAAGUUGAGGAAGAGGGUUGCCUCAAGAUGGGGGCAGACUGGGCUACACAGUGAGUUCUAGGCCAG